GUCCCACGAAGCUUGCACAGGACAAUGACAACUCGACCAAGCCCAGACCCCUUUAUACAAAUCGCAAUGAACGGGAACAAAUCACUGGUCGACGAACACUCGGAAAAAACAUUCUUCAAAACCAUAUGGGAACCAUGUCUGUCUCUUACGGACAGCGAAGACAGACAAAGUCGCAUUGUUCAUCAAGGACUUACUGCUCACGAAACAUCAGAAGCCCUAUCUAGCGCCGGUAAGAUCAACCAGGAUGGCCAUAAUUUGGAUGUCUUCAUCUUUGAGAGCCCAAGAAAGACAGCACAGUUGGCCCAGUUCGCCGAUGCAUUGGCCUGUCAGCUUCAAGAUCGAUCCUUUAAAACAAAAAAGAUUGAGUGGGACUCAGACUUCGAUAUGAUGGAUAUCGAGGGCAAGCAAUGUGUGUUCUUGCUUGAUUAUUCAGCGCCCUUGCUGGCAGACCUCGACGAGCACGGGUUCCAUCUCCUGAAGCAAGUGGUCCUAACAGCAUCCGAGAUUGUUUGGGCCUGUCCUUCCAACCAUGCAGAGACUGGCCUUAUUCGGGGAUUCUCUCGCGUGAUUCGUAACGAAGUUCCCGGACUGCGAUUCGUGACUGUCGCGACAGAAAGCCCUCUUCCAGCAACGUACAUCGAAACAGCGCGGACCAUAGCCAGCCUAGUCAAUUCGAAAACAAGCGAUGCAGAGUUUACUAUUCAAGAUGGUGCUAUCAGAGUUCCACGCAUUUACGAGGAUACGGCUCUUAACGAGGCCAUGACUAACACGAGUCGACAUGUCGAACUUAGCCAUGAUCGAACCUACCUUCUAGCCGGUGGCCUCGGAGGUGUUGGACGGAGUCUCUCGAGGCUUCUGGUGGCUCGUGGCGCUCGAAAUCUUUGCUUCUUAUCCCGGUCGGGUGUAUGCUCUCCAGGUGCCACCGCUCUUGUCACUGAGUUGGAGAGUCAGGGGGUCUCAAUUCAAGUCAUCCCUGCAGAUAUUGGAGACCUGCAAUCUUGCAAGAGUGCGUUGGAGCUGUGUCAUGAAAGAAUGCCACCAUUGGCAGGAGUGAUACAUGCUGGCAUGGUUCUGAGAGAUGUUCUCUGGAAGAAAAUGACAUUCCAACAAUGGAGAGAAUCCCUGAACCCCAAGGUUUCAGGCACAAGGAAUCUUGAUGAAUUACUACCAAAAGCCCUCGAUUUCUUCAUCAUACUCAGCUCCUGUUUUGGCAUAUUUGGCGUCCGAGGCCAGGCAAACUACGCAUCGGCUUGCGCUUACCAGGAUGAAGUUGCUUGGGCUCGGCACAGAGCAGGCCGAAAGGCAACUAGUCUGGACCUGGGAAUGAUUGCAGACGUCGGCGUCCUGGCUGAAAAUCCUGUGCCAAAACCUGUCCGUGCUUGGAUGGAUGUAUACGGGAUUCCGGAAGAUAACCUGCAUCUAAUCAUUGAAUUUGUUAUCCAAUGCCAGCUUUCAGAAGAUUGGUACAAGUAUCCGCCUCAGAUGAUCACCGGGUUAGCAACCGGUGAUAAAGCCUAUACCUCAGGUGUGUCUCCAAGUUACUUGAAAGAUGCCCCUUUCUCUCAACUUGCUAGAAGAAGCGGAAUAUUGUAGGAUCAUUAAAGAGGAGGUAAGCCUUGAUACGGAAAUUUUGAGAUCUAAUUCACAAGUCAUAUGAUCCCCUACUUGUGACUGCUUUAAGAAAGUGUAGUCUAAUUACUGCUCCUUAUAUGCCC